AUGGUGAAAUCGACAAGUAAGGAUGCUCAGGAUCUGUUCCGUUCUCUUCACUCCGCUUAUUCUGCUACUCCCACUAACCUGAAGAUCAUCGACUUGUAUGUUGUCUUCGCUGUCUUCACUGCUCUGAUCCAGGUGCUUUAUAUGGCUUUGGUGGGAUCAUUUCCGUUUAACUCGUUCCUGUCUGGAGUUCUCUCUUGUAUCGGGACGGCUGUUCUUGCUGUUUGUCUCAGGAUUCAAGUGAACAAAGAAAACAAGGAAUUCAAGGAUUUGGCACCGGAAAGAGCAUUUGCAGAUUUUGUGCUCUGCAACUUGGUCCUCCACCUGGUGAUCAUCAACUUCCUCGGAUAAGUUCUCAUCUCCUACCUUACAGAGGUUGCUUUCAUGUUAUGGAGUCACUUAAAUCAGAAUCUGUAGUUUGAGAUAAGUUUAUAUUUUUGUUAAAGAAUCAAACUUUUUAGUCCCUCCAAUAAACACCGUCUCAAUGGGGACCUUUGACUCGAAUUGGUUCGCCUCUACCCAGACCACUUAUAAUCCGACUCGUGUACAAUAAUAACAAUCUUCAAGUUGGUGUGAGCUCUGUGCCGUUCAGUGGACACCACAACAAAUUCACUGCCACUUUUGAUAAGAGAAAAAGGCUAUCUAAUCAUUGAAUCUUAUUUACUCGUGUGGUAAAAAGCUAUUUUAC